AAGAAGACGUGAAGCGUUUCGUGGUAGGACAGAUAUAUCGACUCCCUAAAUGCAUCCAACGCAGCGAUGAGCUGCAAGGCAUGGUGCAAACCAAGAUCGUGAAGGCGGUAGACGGCAUGUUCCUUCUUGCUCGACUGCACACAGAUUCACUGUUAGACAAGAGAACGACGAAAGAGGUUAAAACAACUCUAGCUAAGCUUUCGAAAGGCUCAGAUGCACUCGACAAUGCCUACAAAGAUGCAUUGGCUAGAAUCGAAGGGCAACUAGACGGUGACCGGGAACGAGCCAAGAAAGUUCUAUAAUGGAUCAUAUUCGCGAAAAGACCGCUUACUACAGCUGAGAUAUGCUGCGCUUUAGCAAUCGAACCUGAGGAAACAGAGCUUGACCUAGAGGGCAUAUGCGACGUCGAGGACUUGGUAUCUGUGUGUGCUGGUCUCGUUGUUGUCGAUCGCGAGAGUUCUAUCAUCCGUCUCGUACACUACACUACACAGGAUUAUUUCGAACGAAUCAUAGAUACAUGGAAUCCAGCAGCACGACAGCAUAUUGCUACCACAUGCCUCACUUAUCUGUCUUUCGACGCUUUCAGGAGCGGGAACUGUCGUACAAAUGUCGAAUUUGAACAUAGGCUUGCUAACCAUAAGUUCUUGGACUAUGCAGCGAAGUAUGGGGGCGACCACGUAAGAGCAGUUGAAGCUGAAGUGUGCAAACUUGCCUGUUCU